AUGCCUCGUCAGCGAAAUCGGCGCUCUGCCAAAAAAUAUUAUUGUAAGUCGAAUCAACCAGCAUCAUCACGAAGAACACCUCCCCAAAAUAUUCAUCCUAGAGCAAAAAUGAAUAGAUCUAUUUGGUUUACUUUACGUUAUUGGGUUAAAUUUAUUUGGUCAUUUGUAUGUCGUUUUGUAACAACUAUAUGGUUAUAUGUAUGUGAUGCUGCUGACUUUAGUUGGGCUUAUACAUUAGAUGCGUAUGACAGUGUUUGGUUUGCUCUCUAUGAUUUCUAUCUAAGUAUUUACGAAGAACUCAGAGAUGACUGGGAAUUUUGGAAAUUAUAUGCAUUUAUGGCUGACAUACCUUGGUCAGUAGCAUAUUUCUUUUGGAACUAUAAUCGACCAGAUUCACCAGAGUUCAUCUUCUAA